GCUGAAUCCUGCUGACCGGAAUGAUCGACAGCCAUCUGACGACACUACCACUAAAGCUGAGGAAAAGUUGCUAAACUCGGCUGAAAAUGUGAUAACUACUACUAAAUGUGAUUCUGAGAGCACCUCAGACGGGGACACCACAACAGUGGUCAGUGAGAGGAGAAAGGCGGUGCUGCAAGUCAAACAGUUAUCAGCUGACUCAGAUACUUUUAACAACAAUAACAACAACAACAACAGCGGUGACAGCAAGUCCGAUCCAAACGACUCCAACGUCCUCCUCACUGAGACGCUCAGCUCGCUGAGUGCGGAAAGCACCGCCAAAGGUAACCGCUACGAGUGGCUGCAGUCGUUGCCCAGCAAUGUCAAAGACCUCAUGGGACAGCUCUUUCCAACGGCAACGAACGGCACAAGGUGUUCAGAGGGAGCAGAAAACACCGAUCCGAACACUGCAGCGACCGAGGCGGCGGCCAACUUUGAGCGCAUCUACGAGCUCAAUCCUGAACUGCUGAAGGCGCUCAUUGAGAACGUCAAAACCAAUGCCCGUCUGGUGCAGCUGAGACGGGAGUUUGACCGGCUGAUGUGCUCUCACCUGAAAGCCAUUGGCCAUGAGGUGAAGAGCAGCGGCAGCAGCUGUAAUGGAAAGGGCAAAAAGUCAUCAUCUUCCUCUACCCAGAAAAACUCAACUCCAGCCAAACGGAAAAAAGCAAAUGACGAGACUUUGAGUGCAUUUGAGAAGUCGCCAAGUCGGGAAAGAGCAUCAAAGUUUGCUGCAACAGCAUCGGCCAACAACAACUGCUGUUGCCAUCAGCAGCAACAGCAGCAGCAGCCCGAACAGCUAAACAGCAGCGAAAGCAGCAAGUCCAACACCUCAAAUCAUCAGCACCAGAAUCAUCACUUAAUGGUUUCGGAUGGCGACUCAGGCGGCGAGUUCACGGCCACCACAGUGACUAAUGAUUUUGGAGCGACUAAUAAUAACAUGACAACCACGACUAAUGCAGCACUUAAAACGACGACUGCCAACAGCAGCAGCAGCCCCAGCAAUAGCAGCAGCACUGUCAACACCGAUGAUGAACUUUCCUCACUGCUGAACCAGAUUGCCGUCUGCUCGGCAAAGAUUAUCGAGCAGCAACAGCAGCAGCUUUCAGGCAGUGGACACCAACAACAGCAACAGCAGCCACCGCUGUACAACCAUCUGCAGAACAUGCACUUGACGGGCGAGCCGGAAAUGUCUGCCAAUGCCUUCAUCUUUGAUCCUAACGUCGACGUGGAGAGCUUCCUGAAUGAGGUGGAAAAGGAGCUGGAUGACAACUGUUACGCCUCGGCGCCGCCCUUCAUGGCUCGCAAUGCUGCAAUGUCGCAGAAUCUGCCACCGACUAUGGCUGGAAAUAGUGGUCUGGUUGAUGAGGCUUCCUACGCUCAACUGUCACCACAUCG